CACUGCCCGUCAGUCGCGAUCAAGCCGUAGUGCGGUGCGGCAUUGGUGUCCCGUUUCGGUUUCAAUCAGUUAGACGUUCGCUCCCCUCGUACGAAUGGUUUCGGUGGUGUUGCGGCAACGCGCCUAAGAGCGUGCGCACGCGUACGAAAUCCGUUCGGCGACAGGAUAGACAGGAACCGGCUGGUUUUAGUGAAGUGUAGUAAGAGAGCGACAGAGCAAGCAAUAUUUGUACACACAAGGGUGGCAGAAUGUUCCGUCGUCCGGAGCAGAAGUAUUCAUCAGCGCUUUGGAAGUGUCAACCGUGCAAGUAACUUUGAGCAAACAAAAAGUUUUCCCUUUAAAGUUGCUGUUUUUGUGUGUUGUUUCGUUUUACUGCAUUCCCUGGUGGAUUUUAAAAAUUUACAUAUCUAGCCGCGUGUGGUUAAUAAUUCAUACUGCAGCAAUAGAAAUUGUCACACUGUUUGGAUAGGGAACGAAGGGAAUAUUAAUCGGUAUUGGAAAAGAACAAUCAAAAAAUCAAUGCGAUAUGCUCUGACCGAGAAGCCUGAGUUGCCGUGUGUCAGAGGUCACAGAAAGAUUUUAGUUCUAAAAUAGACAUCGUGACACAGACUAACUCUACUGACCGGGAACGGAAUAGCGCUGUUGACCAUGGAAGCAAUAAUUAAUACAAUAAAGGACGUCUUCCUUGGCAGCAUUGUGCUGCAGUUUUUCGCGUUAUCAAUCUUGCUCAGCCUACUGUGGCCCACGUACAAAUACUAUGCCAAACUGGCGGCCAUCAUGACGGUUUCCGCACUAGUUCUAAUCAUACCGAUACCGCUGUUCCUCUUCAAACCACGGUGGCCUCUAAAUGCCUUAAUACCCGGAAUUGUAGCGUGCGAAUUCAUCCGUUGGAUGGGUGUUGAGUACGAAAUUCGCGGCAAGGAGCACAUAAACGUGAACAAUGGCGGGGUGGCACUCAUUAAUCAUCAGAGUGCGAUUGACAUCGUGCUUCUUGCCCGGCUUCUGCGAGAGUUUCGCAACAUUGUGCCUGUCGUGAAAAAGGAAAUAUUCUACGCCCUACCGUUCGGCAUCGGUUCCUAUCUGGUGGGAGUGGUGUUUAUCGACCGUAAAAAUACCGCCUCCGCUAAGGAUGUCAUGAAACGCGAAGCUGUUGCCAUCACUCGAGAUAACCUCAAGUUGGCCAUUUUCCCGGAGGGAACCCGCCACGACCGGGACACAUUGCUCCCGUUUAAGAAAGGGUCAUUUCACGUGGCAGUGGACUCGCAGGCGAUCAUCCAACCGAUAGUCGUUUCCAAAUACGUCUUUAUAGACCACAAAAGAAAACGCUUCGGUAGAGGUCGAGUUAUCGUCAAAAUAUUGCCGGAAAUAUCAACCAAGGGUAAAGGUAAAGACGACAUCAACCAGCUGGUGGAACAUUGCCAGCAAAUAAUGCAGACUGAAUUCGACAAAGUGAACGCGGAAGCGAUACAGUACUGCCGCAUGUAGGGACCAAACCGGAAAAGAAAUGAGACAACAAAUUCGGACAUAAUCGUUCAUAGCCUAGUUAAUUAUGGCACAGGGAAUCGUCAAAUUAGUUACGUUACGUAAACCAGUCAAAAUGAACUGUUCAGUAUCUUAAAUAGUCUAGUCUAGGGGCAGUGACUUUCGAAUAAGAUUAAAAAGUUAACAAAACACAAAGUUUGAAGCAAUUAGGGGUUGAUUAUAUAGUAGCAAUCAAACUAAUGUAGGAAACCAAUACGUUCGAAACAAUCGCUGUACAUAUUGUGGGCACACGAAACCUUUUCCUAACUAGCGAUGAUUUUCUUACUGCAAUUUAACUGUUCUAUUUUUCCACUCAUUAUUCUACUUAAAGGUUCGAAACGAAUAAAAAAUAUUGUUUGAAAGAUUA